ACUUGUGGCGAGAUCUUGUUUGGCUGGCCUGAGCUCGGCUGCUCGAGCUUCCGACAAAACAGAUGAUUCUUUGAGGCGGUGGAGGAGCUUCUCCACACACACAAAAACACCGGGCGGUGGAAGCAGACGCGGUGAAACCAGCCAUCAUGUCGGCCAUCGUCCAGCCGACCCGUGGCACGGUGGGUGGCGCGGCGGCGGCGGCAUCGGGCCACCUGCAGUGCCCCCUCUGCGGCCACUUCUCCAAGAGCCACGCCCACCAGCUGACCCACGUGGCGGCGGCUCACCCCGCCCGCCUGGACAGCGUGACGGUCGGUCGCCUCGGCAACCUCCUGAUGUACCAGAACACCGCCCGGCUCUUCCACUGCAGCGACUGCUUCUUCACCAGCAGAGACUUCAGCAAGCUGUACAAGCACAUCAUCUCCAGACACUGUGAGGACCACAGGGAGGAGGAGGAGGAGGAGAAGAGGGAGGAAAAGGAGAAGAUGAGGGAAGAUGGGGAGGAGCAGGGGGAAAUGAGGGAGGAGCAGAAGAAGAUGAGGGAGGAGCAGGAGAAGAAGAUGAGGGAGGAUGGGGAGGAGCAGGGGAAGAUGAGGGAGGAGCAGGGGAAGAUGAGGGAGGAGCAAGAUAAGAAGACAAGGGAAGAUGGGGAGGAGCAGGGGAAAAUGAGGGAGGAGCAAGAGAAGAAGACAAGGGAAGAUGGGGAGGAGCAGGGGAAAAUGAGGGAGGAGCAGAAGAAGAUGAGGGAGGAGCAGAAGAAGAAGACGAGGGAGGAUGGGGAGGAGCAGGGGAAGAUGAGGGAGGAGCAAGAGAAGAAGACAAGGGAAGAUGAGGAGGAGCAGGAGACAAACAAGGAGGAGAGACGAUGA